UAAAUUUUAAGUUCAACGAGAAAUGUCGUCGUCGCGGUUCGCCGGAAUGUAUAAUGCACGUGCAGAGCAAGGUAAUCGUGCCGGUUUGCUAAUGUCGGCGAGUGUUGAAUUUAGGCCUAAGGACAACUGAUUGCUAAAUUGCGAUUCAUGUACGGGAUAAUCGCGGCUGUAGGAGAGGUGGGAAGGGGGCUCUGGGGUAUAAACUUCACCCACACUAGGUGAGUAGAUCUGCGGUUUAAGGAAGCGCAUACACUGAUACACCUCUUAGAGGUCUUUCAGGUAUACAGACUCUAGCUCUUUUGUUUAGCAUGUGACCCAACUUUUUGCUAUAUGUAUUUAUGUCUGGUUUUAUGAAAACCAUGCUAAAGAAAAGUUCACCUUGGUGUAAAAGUAGUCUAGAAAUUAAAAUAUAAAAGUUCUAAUCUUAGGAAUGUCAGUCUUUUGGUCGAAACAGCCGUCCACGGUUGUAACUCUUGGCUUUCAGUUUGGACUCUGUCAUGCAUGUUGUUGCUGUCUUAAGUGUUCUUCGCAGUAACCAGCCUUGCUUCAUUGCUAUUUUUUCCCUGAACCCUCUUUUCUUCCUUUUUGCACUCUUCUCCUCUUCGUCUUAAGUACAUUUGAGUAGCUUAGACGAUGGAUUUGGGCCUUUAGGAGUCGUACAAUCCAAGUCUGUGGAUCACUUAGUGUAAAAGAGCGCUCUUCUCUUUCAACGCGUUUUCAUAACUCCCGUCAUAUUUAUAUCAUAGUAAAAUCUAUGUCGACACACUAUAUCCUAUUACUGCAGGUCCUGUGAUUAUUUCAAGAGGCACCGAGGAUGUUGCUGUACUUGGAAUUUGUCUUACUCUACAUCAGCCUCUUUUACAGGAGCAGUGUUGCUAGCGAGUGUCGCUCCAGUUUUUCAGUUACAGAUCAUGUUCUCACCGGUCACGUGAUGCGGACUCUCAAUCACAAGUCUUUUGAGAGCUGCACAUUUUCCUGUGAACUGGAGCCGCAAUGCUUCAGUGUCAACUACAUUUCAUUGGGCAAAACGUGUCAACUGAACGACGCAACCAAGGAAUACUUUCCUGGUGACUUGGUGAAACAGAAGGGAGCAUUUUACGUGGGUAUGGUGAUUCGCAGUUAUAACCCUUGUGCGAGCAUGCGCUGUGAGAACGGAGGAACUUGUGUUAGCAGUCCUUCUCUAGAGUGCAAGUGUCUGAAAGGAUUCAGUGGACUUCGCUGCGAAAGUUAUGAUCCUUGCGUGAGCAUGCGCUGUGAGAACGGUGGAACUUGUGUUCUCAGUCCUAGCUUAAAGUGCAAGUGUCUGAAAGGAUUCAGUGGACCUCUCUGUCAAAAUCUUCAGGCCCUGGGGAUGGAAAAUAAUCACAUUCCUGACGCAAGUAUAGAAGCUUCCACUGAAAAGCUUGGUUAUGAAGCAGCAAAAGGGCGUCUGAACGGAACGUCCUGUUGGAUGCCGACCCAAAAUAAAGAUACUGAGCACUUGAGAGUGAACUUUGCAGCCAAGGUAACCAUUGUUGCCAUAGCUACGCAAGGUUCCCCAAUCGACGAUUGCUGGGUGGAACGGUAUAGUUAUCAAUGGUUUACUGGCACUCUUCACGACAGUCCAAAGGAAUACCAAGCGAAUACAGAUAGAAAUACAACGGUGACAAAAACGUUCUCAGCUCCUCUCCAAGCAGUGGACUGGAUCCGUAUAAGGCCAAAAAGUUGGUUUAAAUGUAUAGCAAUGAGGCUAGAACUGUAUGGAUACGAACAGUGAGAAGCUCACAGGAAAAAGGACAUUUCACGGUUCCACUCGAAAGAGUUGAUUCUAUCUUGUCUCCGGGAAAUUAUGGCAUUCACGAUCAGACCUUUAAACCAGAAGUCUUCUGAUGUGUGGGAGCAUGCACUCAUUUAUAUUCUUUUUUAAUUUGUGUUCUGAUUGCAAAGCAAGGUUUGCAUGAAACUAUUUAAACUAGUAGUAAUCAGAGAUUAUGAGAGUGCGUUCGACGCUCU